GCGAAGUUGGUAAAUAAGCUUUGACCUCGUGGGGAGAGAGAGAGAGAGAGAGAGAGAGAAACUGGAUUAAGCGCUAGAAGCAGCAGCGACAGGACGAGGGCGACUUGCAGACAACUGGCGGCCCCUGCUGCUCGCGAAGUGCGGCCGAUAGGAAGCGUAAACAGUGUCGGGUCGGUGCUGCGAAAUCAGCGCGUUCGCUUUGAGCCGCCCGCCGAGCUGAGCCCGUCCCGCACACACGGCGCGCACCGCGGCUGCUGUCCAUCAUGGCAGCAGAUAUGACGCUACUCAUGCGAGGCCUGGCCAAGCUGACCCAGGCGGUUGUGGAGUCGCAGACCAGUGCCCUGCGCAGUGGAACUGGGGUACCAGGGGUCGGUGCUGCGGUCCAACAGGUCCAGUCGGCGGCAGAGCAAGGCCUCUCGGCCGCCAUGACGAAGAUGCAGGAGAUGUCGGGUCAGCAGCCCACGCCCCCGUCCGAGGCCGAGUUCGACUUUUCUCAGGACGACAGUGCCUUCGCAGCUUCGGAGCUCAGAGGGGACGGCGCGGACUUCGCGGCGGAUCAGUCGGGGAGCGGCGCUGACGCCGACGCCGGCGCCCGUCACGGCACAGCAGGGGGGAGGAAGUCUGUGUUCGACGGAUACAAAGAUCCCAGCAAACAGUUUAGCAGGACUUACCACCAACACAGGCAUUUCACUGGACACCAUCGUCUCUACAAGCACAGUCUGACCAGACACGCGUGGGGGCAGUUAUACCAAGUCGGCCACCUCAGGAGCUACCACCAAGAUCCGUCCACAGUCGGGGGUCUGACGGCCGAGGACAUCGAGAAAGCCAGACAGAGCAAGGGGCCCGAGAUGAAGCCGCACAAACAGAUGCUGAGCGACAGAGCCAGGGAGAGGAAGGUGCCGGUGACCCGGCUCGGCCGACUGGCCAACUUUGGAGGUCUGGCUGUGGGUUUGGGUAUUGGAGCCCUGGCAGAAGUCGCUAAGAAGACCAUAAGACACAACGGUGAAGGUGCAGGUGAAAACAAAAAGGCCGUGUUGGACUCCAGCCCCUUCCUGUCCGAGGCCAACGCCGAGCGCAUCGUCCGGACCCUCUGCAAGGUCCGCGGGGCCGCGCUGAAACUGGGGCAGAUGCUGAGCAUUCAAGACGACGCCUUCAUUAACCCCCAGCUGGCCAAGAUCUUCGAGCGCGUGAGGCAAAGUGCCGACUUCAUGCCCAUCAAGCAAAUGACAAAAGCGCUGAACAGCGACCUGGGGCCCAACUGGAGGGACCAGCUGGAGUCGUUCGAGGAGCGGCCGUUCGCGGCGGCGUCCAUCGGCCAGGUUCACCUGGCGAGGAUGAAGGACGGCAGAGAGGUGGCCAUGAAGAUACAGUACCCCGGUGUGGCUCAGAGCAUCAACAGUGACGUCAAUAACCUGAUGACUGUGCUGAAUAUGAGCAAUGCCCUACCUGAAGGCCUGUUUCCUGAGCAUUUGAUUGACGUCAUGAGGAAGGAGCUGGCGCUGGAGUGCGACUACAUUAGAGAAGCCCAGUGUGCCAAGAAAUUCAGGGAGCUGUUGAAGGACCACCACUUCUUCUACGUGCCAGAGGUGAUAGAAGAGCUGAGCAGCAGACACGUCCUGACCACAGAGCUGGUCCCCGGGUUCCCCCUGGACAAGGCCGAGAGCCUCUCACAGGAGCUGAAGAACCAGAUCUGCCAGAACAUCUUGACGCUGUGCCUCAGGGAGCUGUUUGAGUUCCGGUACAUGCAGACGGACCCCAACUGGUCCAACUUCUUCUACGACCCCCAGACGCACCGCAUGGCGCUGUUGGACUUCGGAGCCACUCGAGGAUUUGAUCAGAGUUUCACAGACGUCUAUAUAGAGGUCAUCCGUUCGGCCGCCGAGGGAAACAGAGAGGGGGUUCUGAAGAAAUCCAUUGAGAUGAAAUUUCUAACUGGAUACGAGUCCAAGACCAUGGUGAACGCUCACGUGGACGCGGUGAUGAUCCUCGGCGAAGCCUUCGCCUCACAGGAGGCCUUCGACUUCGGCGCCCAGUCCACCACGGAGAGGAUCCACAACCUCAUCCCCGUGAUGCUCAAGCACCGGCUCACGCCGCCGCCCGAGGAGACGUACUCGCUGCACCGCAAGAUGGGCGGCUCCUUCCUCAUCUGCUCGCGGCUGCACGCCAGGAUCGCGUGCAAGGGGAUGUUCCAGGCGGCGUACCAGAAGUACUGGGAGGGCCGCACGCCUCCCCCCUCCUCCCCCUCCUCCUCCUCAGCCUAACCUUCAAGUGUCAGCGUGUGUGUGUGUGUGUGUGUGUGUGUCCUUGCGGUUACAUUGCAGUGGGGCCCAAAAUUCUUUUCUUUUUUUCUUUUUUUUUCAAAGUGGGGCCCUAUGGUCACUUGUGGGGCCCUUUGGCUGGGCCCCACAACUUUAAAGGCCUUUUUGAGAAUCAAGAUGUGAAUUUAGGGCUAAGGUUAGAAUUGAGAUUUGGUUCGAAUUAGAGCAAAGGUUAGAUGUCAGCCUUUAUUUGUGGUGGUUAGGAUAAGAGGCUAGGGAAGGCAUUAUGUGGUGGGGCCCCACUUUUAUAGCACCGCAAGGCUGUGUGUGUGUGUGUGUGUGUGUGUGUGUGUGUGUGUGUGUGUGUGUGUGUGUGUGUGUGUGUGUGUGUGUGUGUGUGUGUGUGUGUGUGUGUGUGUGUGUGGACAAGCGCUGGGGCCAACGGCGAGUGGAUGAUGAGUGAAGGGGCCACGUUAGCCACUCAGCUUACCUGGAGUCUGAAGUGCUUCAAGGCCAAACUCCUUCCUGUGGCUCUAAAGAAGGACAUCAAAAAUGUAAAAAAGAUUGGAUUUUUAUCUUCUCUGAUGUUUUCAAACGAGAUUUUAUUGCUGUGUUUGGUUAAUCUUUGGGAAAAUCACAAAACCAAACUUGCCAUCAGCCAUAAAGGUUAUAGUACUAUUAUUAAGCAUCGGUUAAGCUAGAGAUAGGGAUUUAGGUUUUUAUUAUAAACCUGUAGCGAGGAAAACUCUGAAUAGAAAUGUGUAGAAAGUGAUAACGAGGACCAACUUGUCUUGGUCACAAAUAUUUGUGUAAAUGUUUGAUCUGGACAGUUUGGACGACAAAGUCGCGUUUGAAGAUGGCGUUCGAUUCGUAACGAAGUUGCUGAUCCGACUUCAGCUGCUGUUUAUAGCUUGUAGCUCGUGCGGGGAUCCAUUUCUGUGGGUUCACCGCCGAUUCAGGGCCCGUGUGUUGUAACGAGCUUCGGGCUUUCGGGAUCUUCACUCACUGUGUCGGGAUGAAAGCAGAGCUCCCGCUGCAGACGUGUGUUCUUUUUGUGCUGUCAGGACUCAAACUCUAGACGACUACUCACUGCCGGAAGCAGCUUAGAUGAAGUUCUUGUACUACCAAAGCAUGGUUUAAUCGUUUUUUUUUUGUAGGAGACGGAUAAAAAAAAUGCGUCGAAUUGAAAUCCUACGGAACCGCGUUGCUCCUUGUGAGAAGACGCCGUCUGACAGGAAGACGGAGCGCGGCGCAUAUCGACGCUGGGCCUGUGCUCAGCCAUGAAUGUUAAUGAACUGCAGGGAUGGAGGAGGCUCAUAUCGCACAAGCCCGGCUCAGGGGCUCACCUUGCUUCCACAAGCCAGUAAUCUCUCCACGCCUCCGCGGGUGUGAAAUCCUCCGUCACCUGGCUGAUGUGUGACUGUGAACGUUCUCUCGUUUCCGCUGUGUGAACACAGUUCUGAUGGUCUCUGGUGUGAAGCUGAAAAUAUGAAAUGGGGAAAUAAAGUUAAAAAACAAACAAACAAGGUGCCUGUAGUUUCCAGUGGAAGGAAUUAUUUAGAAAUCUUGACUUUAUAUUUAAUAUUAUGACUCUAAAACCUUUUCUAAUCAAACUGCAUUGUUAAUUGAAAGUUGUGAUACAUAUAUUGUAUGAAAACAGUAAAUGUUUGAUCUGCUUUCGUCAAACAA